AUCUGGAGAGCAGUAGAAUUGCAAGUCGCCUAGAUUGACCUCCAUUAUAAAUACAUAGGCAACGGUUGAAAAUCGACCCGGCUAGCUCUGGAGGCCUCCGAUCAGAUUCUGGUAGUUGGAACCCCCCACCCGGGGCCGCUCGAACUCGAACAGAUAUCUCAUCCUAUACACGUCCCGGGCAUCCAGGAGGACGCUCAUGUCUACCGAGGCUAGCGAUUGCAUCUCACCAGGAUGCUCGAUGCGGCCCCCAGCCCCUAGAAAGGGCGCAGCAACGGCUGAGCGGCCCACGCCGAUGAGGUCGAGAUUCGCUGCGGGUGAAUCUGGUGAGGAAGCUGCAGUGCCAGCGUUUGGCCAAUCGGGGCCGGCAAUGUUGCACAUGAUGGUCACUGCCUCGUUUUGGAUGGCUCUUGUGAUCACUAUAGCAUCUGUGCACAUUCAAAUCACGGGAAAGAGUAGGAUCGUCUGGGUCAAAAGCAAGCGAUAUUUUGUCACGGUGGAUAUGAGCCGUUGUACCCCCUACUCUCACCUGGUAGAGAAGCCUCCCCGUUUCUGUUCCACUUCAAGCUUUUCUCCCCGCCGUCCAUGGCGUACCAGCAAGUUGGCACGAAGAACCUAAAGUGCGGUGCAGCCAGGGGUUUAGAUGGCUCUGGUCUUGUCAGCAAGUCCAUUGC